UAUAUAUAUAUGCAUGCUUCCCAUAACCUGGUAGUGCCUUGACUCUCUAAUUCCAGUUCACCACCACCACCACCACCUACUACAACUACUCUCUCAUUCUUGUAAUAUUCAAGGUUUCAAUCACUCCUCGAUGGAAAACCCACCUUUGGAUGAACUUUACUUAUCUGCUCUCGCAGAUGGAGAGGUGAUGUUUCCCAUAUCAGACGAAAAAUAUGCAGAAGAGUUGCAGUUUCAGGAAGUUCUAAUGUCCUCAAUAAUCUCUUUUCGAAUGGCAGCUGCUGGAACAUCGACAAUGGAAGGACAGCUCAUGGAAGGUAUCACGUCUUCUCAAAUGGAUGCUGGCUCGUUGGGAAUAGUAGAACCGCCCAUGGAAGAGGUCGGCUGUUCUCAAAUGGGAGAUGAAGUAUCCAGAUUGGAGGCACAAGAGAAGCACAGGAUAGAUACGAAACUAAUGAUCAAAAGACGAAAAAUAGAACCCGGUGAGUCCUCUCAGUGCUUCUGCGAGAUUUGCAUGGAAGGCAAAGCGGCAGCAGAGAUGUUCAAAAACAAGACAUGCACUCAUUCCUACUGUACCGACUGCAUAUGCAAAUAUGUCGCAGCAAAAAUCGAGGAGAACGUUAACAUGGUAAAGUGCCCAGAUGUGAAUUGUGAAGGGUUGCUGGACCCUGAUCAUUGUCGGGCAAUUAUCCCAGAAGAAGUGUUUGAUCGAUGGGGUAAAGCCCUGUGCGAGUCAGUUAUUCUAGGGUCACUGAAGAUUUUUUGUCCUUUCACGGACUGUUCGGUAAUGCUACUGGACGAUGGAGGACAAGUUGUCAAACAGUCGGAGUGCCCCAAUUGCCGGAGAUUGUUUUGUGCUCAGUGUAAGGUUCCAUGGCAUUCGGGAAUUGGGUGUGAGGAGUUUCAGAGUUUGAAUGAGGGUGACAGAAAGAAAGAAGAUCUCAUGAUGAUAGAACUUGCUAACAACAAGAAAUGGAGGCGAUGUCCACAGUGUCACUACUUUGUGGUGAAGAAAGAUGGUUGUUUACAUAUUACUUGCAGGUGUAAGUUUGAAUUCUGUUAUGGAUGCGGCCGUAGAUGGUCGCCAUCUGAAAAUCAUGGAGGUUGCCGGAGCGAAUAGAUCUAGUAAUAAAGUUGGGAGAGAAAGAAACGAAAACAGUUUCGUUGGAGUACUGGAUGGAUGGUGAGGAUUGAAUUAUAAUGAAUGACAUCUCAGUUUAAUUGUAGAUGUAUGUUUAAACUUUAAAUUAGGGUGUGGAACUAGAACGAUUCUGGUGUGCAACUAUCUAUGAAUUGAAGGUUUAUGCAAGUCUUAAUCAAUUUAUGUGAAUGUUUCAAUGA